AUGCGACCAGGAAAUAAGCAGCGUUCGUUAGUGUGGGAGCAUUUUAAAAAAAAUAGUGACAAAACGACAGUAACUUGCCAAGUUGAAAAUUGUAAGAAGGACUUAAAGUUUUAUGGAAAUACAACCAAUUUAAAAGAGCACUUAAAACGAAAACAUCCAACGAUUAUUGCUAUUCCUGUGUCUACAAUAGACGAUCCAGAUUCUGAUCUACAAAAUAUCGAGACCAUUGACAAUUUGUCAAAUGUUCAAUCUCCUUCGACAAGUACACAUAUUAUACAAAGCCAAUCUUUAACUUUUCCUCCAGCUAAACGCUCGCGUCAAUUAAAAUUAGUCGGUUCAACUAAACAUACUGAACUUACUAUUACGGAAAAGAAUAAUAUUGAUAAGUCUUUAAUUAAAAUGAUCACGGCUGACUAUUAG